GGGAAUGCGUCCAGCUGCGGGGAGCCCAGCACGUCCACCAGCUCCCCGGGCAGCCUGGUACCUCUGCUCGGCACCGGAGGGUGCAGGGCAGGGACGGGGGUCUCGGCAAGGCAAGGGGCAGUGGGGAUCCUGCCGGUGGGGGAAACCCUGCAGCAGAGAUCGGGGAGCCCUCGCCGCCUCGGUGGGCAGCCAUGGGCUGCUGGAGGGUCCCCAGCACGGUGCUGGUCUGCCUGCUUCUCCUGCGCCCGCCGCCCCUGCCAGCCUGCCCUGCCGCCUGCCGCUGCUCCUCCUCGGGGGAGGUGGACUGCAGAGCACAUGCCCUCCCUGAGGUGCCGCGGGGCCUGGCGACCAACACCAGCAGCCUGUGGCUUGGCUACAACUUCAUCUCUGUGCUGGGGCCACGCUCCUUCCCUGCCCUGCCGGGGCUGCUGCUGCUCAGCCUGCCCCACAACCGCUUGGGGCUGAUCCACCCCCAGGCGCUGGCGGGGCUCGGGGCGCUGCAGGAGCUGGACCUCAGCAACAACUACUUAACUGUGCUGACCCCUGAAACCUUCCUGCCCCUCACCAGCCUGGCCAUGCUCAACCUGGGCAGCAAUAGGCUGGAGGAGCUGGACCCUGAAGUGCUGCAGCCCCUGCCCCAGCUCCGAGCCCUCCUCCUGCAGGACAACCCCUGGGUGUGCAGCUGCGACAUCAUGCCCCUCUGGCACUGGCUCAACCACAACAGGGAAAAAGUACAAGAGAAGACUUUGCUCCUGUGCAGAGUCCCGGAGCAGCUCAACAAAUAUCCGAUCAUGGCCUUCGGGAAUGAGUCUUUCAGGCAAUGUCAAGAGACCUCGCUGUCCGCCCGGCACUACCUUGUCUUCUUGACCAUUGGACCAUUCUCCUUCUUGGUCAGCGUCUUCUUCUGCACCUUCAUGGGCUUCAUCAUAGUUGUUUACCACAAUCUGCGCAAAGAAUCCCACUUCUGGAGGAGACCCCACAUCUGCAGGGGACACUGAGGCAGGGCAACCAGGCAGGCUAUGGUCCAUGCCCUUCUCCAGGGGUCUGCACCCCACUGUUCCAAACAGUGAACCAGUGAACACCAAACAGUGUUCCCCUGUGGACCAAUAAGAAGUUGCUCUCUUCCUUGAAGUUGCUUCUCUUCCUCCUCCCGGAGUCCCCCAAGAUAAUGCUAAGCUCCCUCUGCCCCACUGCUGCCUCCAGCUCAGCCCCCCUGAAGGGCACGAUCUGACCUCAGAUGCUCUCCAUGUUUCUGGAGGCUCCCCUGGGCCAUCCUCGGACCUGCACACUCCCUUCUCAGGGAGGGCCAGGUGAUCCUUCUCCUCCAGCUCACCCUGUCCUGCCCCUUCUGCUGCUCAGGGGCCACAGUUUGCAUUCCAGGAUGCACUCUAUACCUCUGUGUGCCUUUUGGUGCAUCCUGUGUGCAUCUCAGGGCACCCCAUAUUCCUCUGGGUGCCUCAAUUUGCCUUUCAGUGCAUCCCAGGAGCCUCUGUGUGCCUUUCAGUUUGCCCCAAAGCCCUCCUUGGGCCUUUUGGUGUCCCCAGCACUCCCCAUCUGCCAUUCAGUGACCCCACCAGCCUCAGAGUGCCUUUCUGUGUCCUCAAGACCCCAUGGCGUAUCUUUUUGUACACCCAUAUGCCAUUUGUUUGGCUUUCUGUGUCCUGACAGGCAUUGUUCUGCCUUUUAGUGUGCCUCAGAACUCUUCAUGUGCCUUUUGGUGCACCUGAAGAUCUCUGGGUGCUUUUGGUGGCACUCCAGAGCCUCCACAGGACCCCCAGAAAGCCCCAGACUCCACUGUGUGCUGCCCAAGGACAGGAAAAGUUGCAAAAUAUAUAUUUUUAUAUAUUUUUUUUUUUCCUUGCGACAGUACUCCUGAUGCUAAGAAAGCUCAGCCAACAUCCAAGACCUAGGGUGAGGCUGAGGUUUAGGGUGAGGGCUGGAAAGAGACAAAGCCUCGAGCUCUAACUGAUGUGGUUUGGCAAAGGGGCUGCCAAAGGAUGGGUGAGGCUGCACGGUGGUUCCUCCCCCAGCAGCUUUUCCUCUAGGUUAAAGCUCAUCCAAGGCUAAGGUCUAGAGUUAGCUCAGUGAGGGGAGUGGGGACAAAAAAGCUCCUGUGGGUUUACAGCCCAGAGCCUGUGACCCGUGCCUCUGCCUCAGCUCCCAUCAGACCCAACAAGGGGCUGGGGCUGCCCCUGCAUCUCCUGGCCCUGCUGCCUCUUGCCCUUCCCUGUGGAAAUGCUUCUCCCCCAUCUCAUUACAUGGAAAUGCUUAGUGAGUGUGCUGGGAAUUGGCCUGGAAGGAGCUGGAGUGUGCUCCAGUGGCAAGCACAAGCUGUGGUGAUGGAAGAUUCUCUCCAGGUGGAGCAAUGGCCCUUUCUGGCAUGAGUGAUUAUCCACGAGUAAGAACAUGAGUUCUUAAGGCGGUAAGAGCCAUGAGAUGACUGUGGCCACCAGCGUCCCCCCGGUUCGCUUGAUCUCUUGCCCGUGCAAGUGCUGUGGGACAAGCCAGGGGUGUUAAUGCAUCCUGUGGCAAGGGUUAAAUAAAUCAU